AUGGGUAAAGGUGGAGUGAUCAUACGUCCGGUGACGUAUUACUAUCCUGCUAUGGGGCCGACGCUGCCCCCGCCGCUGCUGUACUGGGGGUACCCAACGCCCCCCGUUUCGCCCGCACAUUACUACCACACGCCGCACCAUCCACAGAACAUGAUCCCGGAGGUAGUUUCAGUAGGCGGAGGGUCGCCGCUGCCGCUGCCCGCGCCCGCCGCGUGUCCCGAGUGGCCCAUCUUUAUGGUCAACUGA